AUGUGUUCGGUUGGGUUUAAUGGGGGACAUAGAGUUAAAGACGGAGUUUGGGACUCAGGAGGAGCUCUGAGGACUAUCGGCGUGGGAUCGACUCCUCCAGAAUUCGUUCACCCGGCGCACAAUGUGACAGUCGUCGAGGGUCAGGAAGUCACGCUUAUGUGCUCCGUCAGCAGUCUGAAGGAUUAUAAGCUCGCCUGGGUGCACGAAGAAUCCCAAACCAUCCUGAGCAUCGGCCGCCAUCUGUACACCCGCAUCCCGCGCCUGAGCCUGCACGCCGACCACCACUCCGCCGCCCUCACCGUGUCCCCUGUGCUCUCCACGGACAGGGGGUGGUACAUGUGCCAGCUGAACACCAACCCCAUGACCUACACAAGGAGCUACCUGCAGGUCCUGGUUCCUCCCACGCUGGAGGACUGGUCGGGGUCCUACGUGGAGGUGCGAGAAGGGGUGUCGGUUCGCCUGACCUGCAACGCCCGCGCUUUCCCUCCUGCUCUGACGACCUGGAGGAGGAGCGAUGCCGAGCCCAUAUUCCGCACGCCCAAGACAGGACAAAAUCGUAGAGACAUCCUGACUGAUGCUACAGAGCAAAAUGUAGUUGACGCGCCCGUCCUCUGGCUCGGGAGGGAGCUGGUGGGCGUGAAGGCGGGCGACGACAUCACCCUCAACUGCUCCAGCGAGGCCAACCCUCCCCCCUCGCACUACUGGAGCGCGAACGGCACUAAUGUGACAACUAGUCACAAGUAUCAGGUGGACGAGAUGCGGCUCUCAACCAGGACAGAGGUCUUACUCACCAUCAAGAGUGUCGGGCCCAAGGAUUUCACUCACUACAGAUGCCAUGCUGUGAAUCCCAUUGGGCAAGCGGAAGGUACCAUUCGGCUGUAUGGUCCUAGACUGUACUCAGGUAGUAAAACCCCACAUAAUAUAAUCUACCAAAACUCUAAUUACACCUUUGUUCGUCUUACUUUCUUCCCGCACCAAUGA